AUGGAUUCACUUAUCUGUGGACUGGAAGGCGUUGCUGCCUAUCUAGAUGACGUGAUAGUCACAGGCCGCACACAAGAGGAGCAUCGCCGUAACUUGGAAGCGCUGUUAGGAAGGACCCAUGAAUACGGCGUCCGCGUCCGAUUGGAGAAGUGCAACUUUUUGAUGCCUCAGAUCUGUUAUCUCGAAUGCAUCACAGACAAGGGCGGACGCCAUCCUGACCCAGAGAAGAUUGAGGUCAUCCGUCAGAUGUCAAUAUCGAAGAACAUGGCAGAGGUUCGUUCGUUCCUUAUUAUGACCAACCACGAUGGAUCGUUGCAGUUGCGCGCACCGCUGGAUGCUUUGUUGAAGAACUUUCCUUUCAGAUGGAAUGAGGAAUACGAAGCAGCACUCAAUCGCGCCAAGGAAGUGCUCGUUUCAAACCUGCUCCUGACACAUUUUGAUCCUAGCCUGGAUAUAAUUGUCGCCGCCGAUGCAUCAGACUAUGGAAUCGGAGCAGUGAUCCUGCAUACAAUGCCGAAUGGGACCGAGAAGUCAACAUGGCACGCAAGCUGA